AUAUAGUUAAUUUAAGUUAAAAAUGAAAAAGGUGGAAAUGAAAAAAUACAAGGAAAUAAAGAAGAUAUUGUUUUGACUACAAUGGUGAAUGAAUGUUGUUAUACAGCAACAAAAUGUUAACUGCUGUAAUGCUGCUGUUUCUUCUUCUUCCUUUUUCUCUCAGCUCUCCUACUGUUUGUUACGGUGUUUCUUUCCUGAACAUCAACUUGUCUCCUUCUCUACUACCAAACCAACCUAUGUUUGCGAGAAAAAAUGGUUUUGAGCAUCUCAAAGUGAGGUUCAUGUCAAUGAGUGCUUCUGUUAUUCCAUCUAUAUCAUCAUACGUACAUCCGCCUGAGCCCUUUUUGGAGCCUUCAGUUGAACCAGCUCCUUCUCCUUCACCUACAAGUCAAGGCCCUGUUGCCGCUCCUGCUGUUGUCAGCCGGCGGCGGCAUCGUCAUCAUUUUCGUCAUGGGAAGAUCACUCAUGUAAUUUCUCCGUCUCCGUCACCUCUAACAGGCUGCGAACAAACUUGUACGGAACCACUCACUUCAACUCCCAUUGGGUCUCCUUGUGGUUGUGUUUUUCCAAUGAAAGUCAGGCUGCUUUUACAAGUAUCUGUUUAUGCUGUUUUUCCUGUCGUAAAUGAACUCGAGAUUGAGAUUGCAAUGGGAACAUACCUUACACAAAGUCAAGUGGUUAUAACAGGUGCUAGUGCUGAUAGUCAAAAUCAGGAAAAAACAGCAGUUGAUAUAAAUUUAGUCCCACUGGGAGAGAAAUUUGAUAAUACUACCGCUUUACUCACUUAUGAUAGAUUUUGGCGGAAGAAACUAUCUUUAAAUAGAACCCUAUUUGGAGAGUAUGAGGUGGUAUAUAUAACUUACCCAGGGCUUCCUUCUUCACCACCUUAUGGAGAUCGCCCGGGGAGUGGACCAAAUGGAAGUCCUGGAAACCGACAAUUUCCUAUCACUGCAAACUUUGUUGGAAAAAGUCAGAAGAUGAACUCUAAAACCAUUUUUGUAAUUGUUUUAUCUGCAGUAGUACUCUUGGUUGUUUGCUGUGCAGCAGUUUCUGUUUUUAUAAAGUAUAGGAAGGUUGGUAGAUCCUCAAAUGCUGUUGGACCUGUUUUCACAACACCAACUAGCAAGAGGCGUGGGCCUCGAACAAUGUUAUCAAGUGAUCCAUCAAAUUCCACAUUUUCUGUCAUCUCUGCCAUGCCUACUUCCCUUCUCUCUGUGAAAACAUUUACCUUAGCUGAGCUUGAUAAGGCCACUGAAAAAUUCAGCUCAAAAAAAAUCUUGGGUGAAGGAGGCUUUGGUUGUGUUUAUCAUGGAAUCAUGGAAGAUGGAGCUGAGGUCGCUGUAAAAUUGCUUAAUAGAGAUAAUAACCAAAAUGGAGAUCGUGAGUUCAUUGCAGAAGUUGAGAUGCUAAGCCGGUUGCAUCAUCGUAACCUUGUUAAACUCAUUGGUAUAUGCAUUGAAGGACGUACUCGUUGCUUGGUCUACGAGGUUGUUCCAAAUGGCAGCGUUGAGUCUCAUUUGCAUGGUGUGGAUAAGGAGCGAGGACCACUUGACUGGGAUGCUCGAUUAAAAAUCGCUCUUGGUGCAGCAAGAGGGCUGGCUUAUCUUCAUGAAGAUUCUAAUCCACGUGUAAUUCAUCGUGACUUUAAAGCUAGCAAUGUUUUACUAGAAGAUGAUUUUACUCCUAAGGUAUCAGAUUUUGGGUUAGCAAGAGAGGCUACAGAAGGGAGCAGUCAUAUUUCUACGCGUGUAAUGGGAACUUUCGGUUAUGUCGCCCCUGAAUAUGCCAUGACGGGGCACCUCCUAGUCAAAAGUGAUGUUUAUAGUUACGGUGUUGUGCUGUUAGAGCUUCUAUCUGGAAGACAACCAGUUGACAUGUCACAGCCUCCUGGCGAAGAAAACCUUGUGACCUGGGCCCGUCCGCUUCUCACUACCAGAGAAGGUCUACAGCAGUUAGUAGAUCCCACUUUAUUUGGUACGUAUGACUUUGAUGACAUGGCAAAGGUGGCUGCAAUAGCUUCAAUGUGUGUGCAUCCCGAGGUAACUCAAAGACCUUUCAUGGGUGAAGUAGUACAAGCAUUAAAGCUCAUAUACAACGACAAAGACGAAGUAGGUGCCGACAACUCUACUCAAAGAGACUCUUCAGUGGUCGAGUCGGAUUUCAAAGGGGACCAUGCCCCUUCCGACAGUAGCUGGUGGAAUGCAGGCGGCGGUGCUACCCCACGGUUGACUUUUGGUCAAGCUUCUUCAUUCAUAACAAUGGAUUAUAGCUCAGGUCCACUUGAAGAUUUAGAAAACAGACCGUUUUCAGCUUCAAGUUUCGAUGGUGGGCUUGGUGCCUCAUUGCCCAUCAGCCACGGGAAUAGGUCAGGCCCUCUUAGGACAGUUCGGAGCAAGCCGUUGUUUUAUAGAUCAAAGGGAAGCAUGAGUGAACACGGUGGACUUCUCUCAAAGCCUUUUUGGAGUGAAGCUUCUUUCUAGCAUAUGAAAAAAGGAAGUGUUGUUUUUGAAGUGUGUACAGAACCGAAACACUAUCACUGAAGUUCAGUAAGUGGUCUCGGGUUGCGCUUGGGCCGGGUUUGUUGUAUGAGGUUUAAUGAUUAUAUAUGGAGAAAAAAGUGGGAGGGAAAAAAUGGCGGGGAUUGUAGUUUUUGACAAAUCUUGAUUUAAUUACAAUAUAAUUGGAAGCUGGAUAGUAUAGUAGGCUAAGUAGAUGUGCUGUAAUCUGUAUAUGUUGAUAUCUUAUCAAUGUUAUUUAUCUUUGUUCCCAUAGGUUAAA